AUGCCGAUGCUCCCGCCCACUGUCACUAUCCCCCUUCAUCGAGCUGAGUUUGGAGAUCACCUAGCGGAUUCCGAGUACUUGUUCAAUCCAGAAGUGUUGACAGCAGAUUUGGUCGGUGCAGUGCCAAAUGGCUUUCUUGUCAGGCCAUUGAAGAUUAGCGAUUAUGACAACGGGUUCCUUGACGUCCUUGCGCAGUUGACUGUCGUUGGCGAUGUAUCCCGUGAACAGUUUGAGAACAGAUUCAAUACUAUGAAGAUGUCUUCUCCACCUUCAUAUUAUGUGGUUGUCAUCGAGGAUUUAAGCACCGGGCGUGUUGUUGGUGCCGCGACGUUAAUGGUUGAAUGGAAAUUCAUUCAUAAUGCAGGAUGUCGUGGCCGUGUUGAAGACGUGGUUGUAGACAAGGACAUGCGAGGAAAAAAGAUGGGCGCGCUGUUGAACAGGGUGCUUGUUGGACUUGGGAGAAAGGUCGGUGUGUACAAAAUGUCUCUGGAGUGCAAGGACUCUCUGAUUCCAUUCUAUGAGCUCUACGGCUAUAAUAAAGACGUUGGCAAUAACUUCCUUGUGCAGCGUUUUGACAGGAAAUACUCAGAGAUAGUUAUUCCAUUUCAAGAUGAGAAUGAAGACGGAACAAUUCACGUUCCCAGCAAUAUCUGA